CAGAGGUCGCUGCUAACAGAGUGAGCUCCCUACCCCUCUCUCUGUCUCAGUCUGUGUGUGGAAUGGUAUCUCAACCGACAAGGCACCGACUGAAUCCCUGUCCAACAGCAAGGCGGGGAGACUAGAUCCCGGUCCGUGUCCCACCGUGUGCGCACACACACACACACACACACAGACCGCCUGUUCCUCAGCACCAGCCCCUUCCCCAGUCUUAUAGAGGGCAGCGUGCCGCAGACACCAUGGAAGCAUGCAUGUUUGUUCUGUGCUGUGGACUUGUUCAUCUGGCUGUUGCUGGAAAUUCUACUAAUAUGGAGAAAGAUGAGUUUUAUUAUGAUUAUGAGACACUGCGGAUUGGAGGCCUAGUGUUUGCUGUCAUACUGUUUACUCUUGGGAUCCUGCUGAUCUUGAGCCGGAAAUGUCGUUGCAGCUUCAAUCAGAAGGCCAGAUCUCCCAAUGAUGAGGAGGCCCAGGCAGAAACACUGAUCACCAACAAAGCAACGGAAGCAGCAGCCAAAGUGGAGAACUGAUCAGUACCAAACAUAAAGACAUCAACAUGAGACUUGAGGCCGUUGAAAUCUUUGACAGGUUUUGGAAGACCCCUCCAACAUCGCUCCCGACUCGCUGCACAAAGAAUUGAAGCUUCAUUCAGUUUGUCUCACGGUUAUUGAAUUAAAAUAUAUAAAUAUCGAUAGCAGUGAAUGAUGUACGAAUCUUGUGAUGUGCCAUUAGCUUGUCACACUCCACCUUGUGUUGGUCAUUGCAAAGAUGUAUUGUCGCGUAGUAAGUGGUGUUUGUGUUAGUUUGUCGUUUUCUAGUCUUGCUAGAUGGUAGGUCUGUACCAGUGAGUGAAAGUGUUUGUGGAUCUGUGUGUGUGUGUGUGUGUGUCUGGGCAAACACAGGUGAGUGGCUGAGGAUAUAGUGGAACUCCAUUACUCUCAGCCCUUCACAUUCUGGUGUUGCCACAGUGAUGUCUGUGUGUCAAUAGAGUAUUAUUUAUUAUUCACUUAUAACACUACGAAUCAGUUGCUGUGUCUGCUCACGAUCAAAUCACCUCCUCUCAGUCAAAGAACUGAUGUGAGAAAGCAGUAUUGUAAAAUAAAUAAUCAAUAAACGAGACUGUUAGUGAUACCCAGCACAAUAAAGGAAAGAAUUGCUAA